AAACUGAUUGAGUGAGGUGGGGUCUUGUGCACUGCUACCUGUCAGAAGCUGGGGAACCAGGAAUGAUGGAGCGAUGGUUUGUCAUCCACAGAGGGCUCGCUUUGCUCCAUCAGAAGGAGGGACCAGAAUGCCUUAGGUUUUUCCCAAGGUCCCAACUGAUACUUUGCUGUCCCGGGAAGCAGCACAGAGUGGUUGCAUCCAGACUAAACAGGGCUCCAGGAGGCUUGGACAUGUGCUUAUCUUCCCCUCCAAGAGACUGUGUAGCAAAAAUUCAGGAUGAAUUACUAGGUUAAGUUCUUGAUUCAGAGAUGCCGUUCACUUUUCUUCAGGUCUCAUUCCGCUAGUCUCGUCACUAUUCUACAAAUCAGCCAUGCCUGGGAACAGCGGGGCUUUAAUUUUCCUUCUGGCAUCCUGAUUACAGAGCCAAAACCACUAUUUGGAGAGCAAACGUGCAGGGGUGUAUACAUGCGUGCAUGGCCGGUGUACCUCUGGCGGGGGACAGCCCCAGUGGGUCCCCUGUGCUGUGGGUAUUGGAGGGACAAAGGGGGCUUUGUUCAUCCCGAUGCUCAAAGCAACCGUGCACUGGGCUCUUUUGGGUUUUUAUGGAAGUUUGUCCCAUAAAAUUAAUGGUUUCUGAGAACAAGAUCCGAGAACACCCAUCCACCAUCCAGCUCUGUGGUUCUGAGAGGACAUGGGUCCUGCUAGCAGGUCACACACUGUAGGUGCCUGACAUUCCCCACCAUGACAUGCACGGCAACAGUACAGGCUGCAGCAAUCGCACUCAGGCUGAGCGGUUUCUCCCAGUUCCGCUGCAUCGGGGUUUGCCCGUGGCCAGGAUCCGGCAGAGCAGAGGUGAGCAGCAGUCACAGCGUGAGCGUCGGGCAAUUCGGCAUGUGCAUAUCCAGCACGGACAAAACAGAGUUUGAAGGUCACCUCUGCCCUUGACUCAAACAGAGUCUUCAGUGCAUCCCGGGACAAGACGGUGAUGAUGUGGGAGCUUCAUGGGACUUCAGGGCCAAGCCAGCACUUCCCAGGACAUGACCUGGUUGUUACUGGACUGGCUGUGAGCCCAGAUGGCUCCCAGCUGUGCACGGGUUCACGAGACAACACCGUGUGCAAGUGGGACACAGAGACCGGAGAGUGUCUGGGCAGAACCGCUAUCUCCAGGAAUCUGGUCACACAUCUGUGCUGGGUUCCUGGGGAGCCUUACGUCAUCCAGACCUCAGAGGAUAAAACAAUCAGGAUCUGGGACAGCCGGGAGCUGCAGGUGGCACACACGUUUCCAGCCAAGCGGCACAUUCAGACGUGCUGUGACGUGAGCCAGGACGGGCGGUACUGCCUCAGCAGCAGCAGCGGCUCCGCUGGGGAGGGGGGCGAGGCGACCCUGUGGGACCUACGGCAGACAAGGAACCGAGUGUGCGAGUACAAAGGGCAUUUCCAGACCACGACCUCUUGCGUUUUUCUUCCACGGGACCCAGCUCUCACCCCCAGGAUUGCCACGUCCUCCUACGACAGCACAGUGAAGGUCUGGGACCAAGACACUAGAGCCUGCCUGGCCACCUUGUGCCUCGAGGGAUCGGGACCGCUGGCCUCCCUGGCCGCCUGCGACAGCUCCACGCUGCUUUGUGCCAGUUUUAACUCGGGAAUUCAUGUACUCCAGCUGAGUGACUGUGCAGACCUGGCGCUGGCAGAGGUGGCAGUGUUUUGACCACGGUAACCUUUCCAGCAGAGACUGCCCUGCGAGGGGAUGGGAUUCACCGAGAGCCUCCCCGUGACUGCAAGCACCAGAAGACCUUGCACCUGUGGAGCAGUGAUGUGUGAUCAGUGGGGCAGGGGGAUGUAUUGGUUUCAGUUUGGGGGUGGGGGCAGGAAGGCACUAGAGCUGUCUAGAAGAAAAGCCAAAUCAUGGACACAUUCAGGCCAAGUUCUCACACCUGAGCAGGCCUCAUGCAUUUUAUUUACAAGACCUCCAUGCAGGCUAGCUGCACAUGAUGGGGGCUAAGGGAAGAGGAGAUGAGCUGAGAAGCCAAGGAACAGCACUGAAGGGUGCCAGGGCACGGGGCAGGGAAUGCUUGGCCUCCUCCCCCUUGCUUCAGUUGAGUGGAGCUGAACAUGGUGUGACAGAAACCCUGCACUGGGAUUUAGACCCCAGGAACAACGUGAGCGUAAACACAGGAGAACAUUCACUGCUGUCUAAAAUUUCAUCCCAAGCCAGCUAGAAAGGUGGGAGCCUGCUGGGCGACUGCUGGGACAGGAUUGUCCCAUGAAUGGCAACCUGAUAAGAAACACCCAGAGGGAGGGUUGUCCUGGCUGUGGGGCUGGGAGUCCCCUGCACCGCUGCCAGGCUCAGACAGUCCCUUUAGCUGACACUUUAUGAGAUGCUUAAGAACCAGCUUGAGCACACAUAGCUGGGUACCUCUAGGCUUAUACAAGAGGAGACUGCAAUUAAAUAUUUUUCUGUUAGUUGCUGGCCUCUCAUCCCAUAGGAUUUUCCCUGGGAGUAAAUAAGAGCUAGCACCCAGCAUGUAGCAGAUGCCACCACACUACUUGGAAGGGAGGAGAAAGCCCACAACACUCUGCUAGAAGUAACUUGUGAGUGGGUUUGGUUUUUUUUUUCUCUUAAAACACUAUCUCCAACUGCACUGCAAGCAUUGAGAACAGAACUGUGUUCACUCCCAAGGAGCACAGACAGCUGCUCUCCAGCUGGUAACAGGGAAAGGAAUGGGUCUUCUCUUUUCUCCUGAAGGUUUUUUACGAUAGCAGACAGAAAUCAAACUGUGUUGUGAAGUACCUGUAAUUUCUCCAUUCCUUAGUCAGACCCAGGGGCUAGCGUGCACAUUCAAAACGUUUUGAUUUUUCAGGACACAAAAUUUGCAAAACCUCAAUUUAAAGAAUAAACAACAAAUAAGAAAGCUCCCCACAGUGUAAGUUAGAACAAGACAAUCCUACACUGAAAUAGCCUUCUUCGUAUUAUCCCAGGUGACACACAGCAAAAACUCAACCAGGAGAUGCCUACAUGGAUUUGAAACACCUGGUUCACAAGAUCACAAGAGCCAGCUCAAAGAGCUAGGACAUGAGAAGGUACAUGGAAAAGAAAAAUUUCAGUGGCCUUCAACAUCUACUGUGAGUGAAUACAAAGGGGAUGCUGACCUCCACAUUCAGAGACUACCUUUGCAGAGGCAGGGGAAGCAGGGUACUAUAUUCCUCUAACUCUGACGGCUAGUUUUUCUUUCUUUAAAUGCAAAUCAAGUUUGAAGCCACAGACUCCUGCCAAGGGAUCCUGGAAAAUGGAAGGUAAGAAGGGUAUUGACAGAGGCUAAACACCACACCAAAGACGAGGUGUUGUGUGGCUACCUACAAGUGUUUGAAACAGACUGGAGAAAAUCUGGGAGCCUAACUUGGAAGGGAAGGUGGAUGCAGAUGGAUCAUCUCCAAAUUACAGCAGACAGCAGAAUCUGCAGUAUAAAAACAGUCCUAAGAAGUGGAAAAACAUCACCCAUGAUUUGACUCCAGCUAAGCCCUGGAAAACUCAGGUGCUUCAAAACCACCUCAACCCAAGACCAGCCAGUGACUACAGCUGCCAUAAUGCAUGUUGCAGUAGCCGAUUCCUUUUUUUUCUUUAAUAUAAAAAAAGCAAGUCUUAGUUCAAAGCCAUUAACGUCUCUGUUCCAGUUCAUCAGCAGCACCUCUGAGCUACUCCGCUGUCCACAACUUGAAGGUUCUGUCAUAGGAGCAGGUCGCUAUCAGCUGGCCAUCAAGGGAGAUAUCCAGUCCCAUCACCUUUCCCUCGUGACCAGCCAGCGUUUUCAAAGGGGACCAGCCGGGGUGAGUCCAGAUCUUUGCGGUGUUGUCGUAAGCGCCCGUGAGUAGGAAGUUACCAUGAUUGGCUGCAGUAGAGGAUGAGAAAAAAGGGAGAAGUGAGAUUUGCAAAUAAAACCAUGACAGAUCUUCUA